AUAAUAAUUAUUGUUAUCAGUCAUUACUGUCAAUAACAUCACGAUUAAUAAUUAUUAAUUACUUCUUGAUGACAAUCAUUACAAUUCUCGUGUCAAAUUAUGCAGAUAAUUUUUCAAAUUUAAAAAACUCAACGUCUUAGACAUCAAAUAAAAUUUGAAUAAAUAAAAAAAAGAAAAAACAUUGUCGUGGGCGUAUACGUGGGUGGAAAAUGAUUGCGCACUCUCGUACUCAGUACUUGCUCGAGGUUAAGGGGUUGUUUUUUUUCAUACUAUAAUUAUUAUUAAAAAUAAAUAAAUAAAAUUAAAACGUCAUUACAAAUUGUCAGUACAAAGUAAACUAUCAAACAAUAAAGAGAUUAUUUACUAAAAAAAAUUUAUAAAUAAAUUCUAAAUAAACUAUUUGUGGAAAUUAUUUGUGAUAAGAUAAAUUGAGGUCACAGAUAAUAAAAUUACAGAGUAAUUUAAGUUUAAAAAAAUAAAUUAAAUUUUUAAAAUCCAGAGAAAACAACAAAUAAAAAAAAAGAACCGAUGAAUAUUCAAAAUUAAAAACCAAUGGCCAGUUCAAAUAAUUGUUUAAAAAAUAAUUGUCAGCAACGAAUCAGCCAGAACAAUCAAAUAGAUUAUUGUGAAUGGAAGAUAUCGCAACAUCACAACAACAAGAGACAUGACGUUUUAAAAAACACGAGUGUCGAGAGGAAAUGAUUAUUAUAUUGACUGGGUACUGUCCUCGGCACGUCGGUUUACUCUACUGAAGUCUCCAUCAGCCUCAGUUCACCAUCACCGGUGUACAAUCUGUUGUUACUCCGUAGGAGACUGAUACCCCUGACAUAUUCUUCGAGGACAAACCUCGGUUUGUUAUUUGUUGGUUCUUAGUUGUCUUCUUGCAGUCACUCUAGACUCUUCUUAUCACUUUAUUAUUAUUUGUUAUCAUGGAAAAGCAAGACGUAUUUACAAAUUUACAUUAUUUACCAAUUUUUAUGUUUAUCGCAUUACCUGCUAGUUUUAUUAUCACAUACAUUAUUGCUGUUAUCAACGGUCAUGUCGUACCAGGAUUUCCUUAUAUUUCGGACACUGGUACUUUUCCACCAGAAAGUUGUUUAUUCGCGCAAUUUUUAAAUAUAAUUGCUGUCAUCAUGUGUAUUACAAUAUAUAUUAGAUACGCUCAAAUAAAAGAAAUUUCUUCAACUUAUCAGUUAUCAACAUACUGGCAAAAAUUUAAUAGAAUUUCAUUAAUUGUCGGGAUAAUAUCAACCAUCGGAAUGUCGAUAGCAGGAAAUUUUCAAGAAACGUCUAAUCUAAUCAUCCAUUUAAUUGGCGCUGUUUUAUGUUUUGGCGGCGGGACUGUUUAUAUUUGGCUACAAGCAGUGUACUCAUACAGACUAAAUCCUUUAGGCUGUUCACCUAAAAUAACAAAUUUAAGACUGGUCUUAGCGAUUUUUUGUACUAUUUGUUUCUUCGUUGUUUUUAUCGCCGCUGCACUUGCAGCCAAGGAUUUUAAAGGAAAUAAUCCAAGGAUAUGGUCAAAAGAUGACGGCGGUUGGGAAAUGCAUCUUUUGAGUACAAUUACCGAGUGGCUUUGUGCGAUUGCCAUAUGUAUAUUUAUUUUAAGUUUCACUAACGAAUUUCGUGAAAUAGAAUUACGUUAUCCUAAGAUAAAUUACAAAGAAGACUACACAAAAAAAAUCUACGGUGUGUUUAACGCAACGCCAGAUUCAAUAAGUCCAACAACAAGUAUUUGAUCUCUCAUCCAAAGUUCCCGUGGUCACAUGAAUCUUUUACCAGAUUCUCCAAU